AUGACCCACACCCAAGAGUCAGCUGCUCCGCUGCCGUUCGGCCCGCCCGCUCUUUCUCAAGGGGCUUGGCGGCAGGCCUCGCAGAUUGUCGUUCGCAAUCGCAACCGGGCGGAGAUGGAGUCCCGGGCGCUCGCCCCAGAAGAUCGCCCACCUGCUCAGCCGGUGGACUACGCUCAGAACGAGGAGGAGGGCACCCGCGGGCACAUGAUCGAUGCUGCGAGGGACGAUGCUCGGCAAGAUCGCUCCUUCGCCCGCUCGACGGCGAAGCUCACGCCGGCACAGUUCGCCGAGCUGGCCGAGUCGUACCACAACCCUGGUGGUCACACUGCCUCUUCGGCGGCUCAGUCUUCCACGGUCGUGGUCGAAGAGGCCGAGCCGGAGAACUUGCUGGCUCCAGCAGGAGAGCCGACCUCUCAUGUCGUUCGUCGUUCGUCGUGCCGUUCGGUUGGCCGGGAAGGUUGGUCGGGGCACAGCGACGGCGAUGCUCUUGAUGCCGAUCUUUAUUUUCUUUCGCUAGAAGCAGCGCCAGCCGAUCGCUGGACAGCGAAGAUCCUUGCUUACCCCUGUUUCGACCAUGGGUUUCGCCAGGCGAUCGUGGCGACUCGGCUUGCGGAGAUCCCUUUUGUUCUCGCGAUGGACGCCGGGACGCCCGAGCAGUUGGCCGCGGUGUCGCUGGAGUGGACGGCCAGCUCGGCCAAGACAGAGCACGACCUCCUGGCUCCGAGGACCCAGAUGCUCGAGCAGUAUUGGGUCUUUGUGAAGGCCGCGGAAUCGCUCUUUGUCGAGUCUCUCGGCUACCAGCUGGGCUUUGCUCGCUGCUCGAAGGUGCCUAUGGAACGCUCGGCGAAGUCGAUCGCGCACUUUCAGAGGGAGAUGGCCGUGCGAGCUCUGGCUGCGCCAAACGCCGAGAAACAAAAGUGGGCAAAGCGCCUGAAGGCAAUCGCCGAUCGUGCCGGCGAACACGCUCGACCGGAAGGUGUGCAUGAUGCAGAAGGGAUCCUUUCUGAAGAAGAACGCGCUCCCCUUCGGUUGCUGGUGUUCACCUCAGGGGCACCCUCUACAAUGGCGAACCACAUUCGCAGGUUCGAGAAGUUCGAGGUGUGGGCUCGGCAUAUCCUUAAGUACGCCAUGGGGCUCGACUCGAGGGAGUCGUGCGGACCAACGGUUCUCCCCUCGCUCAGGAUGGCUCUGAAAUGGGUGGCCUUUCGGAUCAACCUCAAGCUGCCCUCGAUCGAGACAGCGGAGCUGAAAGCGCUCGAGAAGGAGAUCUUUGUGCAGCGAGGGCGACCGCUUAAGGAGGCGAUCGCUUUCCCCCUCGAGCUGGUCCAGGCCAUGGAGCGCUUUGUCGCGAACGAGACUCACCCACGGCGCGGCACCAAGUUCAUGGUCCCGGACGUCGCGUUCUCCAAGGUUGCUUGGUUCAAGAUCGGGAAGGACCUGUUUGACUCACAAUUCCCGCUCGUGGAACGCGACUAUUGGAUCCCCGAGCUCGACACAAAGGAUCGCUGGCGCCCGACGCCCCCCGAUUAUGCUCGUUCUCUUCAGUGGCUCCACCACCUGGUCACACUUUCGAGGUCGUCUCUUCCAGCCAAGAUGAUCAAGGAGCUGGUCCAGGAGGUCUCUCGCGAGUUCGUGCCCCUCUGCGCUCAAGAGGAUGACACGAUCGAGGACGCAGAGGACAGGGACCUUUCAUUGACUGAGUUCUUUGUCAAGGUCCCGGUCAAGGGCUCUAGUUAUGACUAUCGUUUCCAUGUUUGCUCGGCAGAAUCUGUGGAAGAGAUCGCAUGCAAACGUGCGAUCACGCCCGAAUUUACGCAUAUCGGGUCUGUUCUGCCUGACCCCAAGCUCUUCUGCAAACUGUGUGCUAAGCCGGACGUGGCUCUCGCCUCUAAGGUCUAA